AUGGAGCCUGAGGCCAGGAGGGGGGAAAGGCCCACCUAUAGGAAGCCAUAUCCACCUUACAUUGAUCAGAUACCCUUGUCCCCAGGCUUUAAAGUACCAAACUUCACUUUAUUCAACGGAGAGGAUCCUCAUGCUUCAUCAGUUGAGCACGUAGGCAGAUUUUCUACCCAAUGCAUAGCCAUAGAGAAUAACCCACUGCUAAAGCUAAGGCUUUUUGGGAAUUCUCUCUCUGGACAAGCUUUCACUUGGUACACCAAUCUGCCAGCAAAUUCUAUCCAGACAUGGGAGCAAAUGGAGAGCGUCUUCCAUGAUUACUAUUACAGGAUCCAGCCAGAAGUCACCAUCAGUGACCUUGCAGCUCUCAAACAGAGUGAAGAUGAACCUGCCCAAGACUUUAUAAACAGGUUCAGGAAGCUCAAAAUGAAGUGCCGAAUCCCCAUCGAAGAAAGACACUUCAUCCAAAUGGCUCAGGCUGCCCUCAAAAUCUCUCUGAGAAAAAGAUUUGAUGGGAUGCUGUUUGGAGAUCUGGCAGAACUGGCAGAUAAAGCGGCCAAGUACGAGGAAUUGCUCAGAGAGGAACAGCAGAAGAGAAACUCUUCCAAAGGCACGUAUUAUAAAUCCCCUUCCUCCUCAAUACAUAUGAUUGAAGUAGAGUCAGAAGAAGAUGCGGAGGAAUCAGAGGAGAGAGAGGUUGCAGUUGCGGAAAUGGCAAAAUUAAAGCAUCCCAUCAGUUGUAAAACUCUUACAAAACCCCAAGGGAUCAGAAGCCGCCACCAUUCACAGGAGGCAAUAGAGACACCUCACAGAAUGCCCAAGCCAGAAGAACUCAAGGGCAGGCAGUAUUGCAGAUGGCACAAUUCUUGGAAUCAUUCUACCAAUAGUUGUGUUGUUUUCAGAGAUGUCAUACAGGAAGGGAUAACAGCAGGAAGGCUGAAGCUAGCAGAGAAACCUCCAUCUGUCACCACAGAUCCUUUUCCCCAGCCACAAGUUAACAUGGUCAACCUAAAUUGGCCAGAACGGAAGAAGGACAGACCAGCCAUGCAGGCUGGCUCCAGUGGAAGCAGAAUAGUUUCAAAGGAGACUAUGGAAAGACCAAAAGCAACCAUUUCAGCUGGAAUAGUGCUCUGCAGCAGGUGCAAUUGUGAGGCUGAGUUGGAAGUAGUCCUGGAAAAACAGGAGCUGCCCACUCCAAGUGUUUUUGACCGGAUCGGAACCACGCCCCAUGAUAGGGUCAGACAGAGAAAUUACCCUAGGCCUGUCCAAUCCAACAGAAGAGUGACUAAGCAGCCCAAGGAGGAAACAUCAAUAAAAGUACCCGGAAGUGACAAACCUUUGGCGGCCAUCAUUGAAGGCAGGUGGUAUUCUGUCGGGAGGAAUGGCAGACCAACAAUGGAGCUGACAAGAACCCAAAGGAGGAGGGUUCAGAGACAGUAUUGCACAUUCCUCAACGACGAGAAAAACGCACAGAAGUUGACAAAAGCAGAAUCCUCAGAGAAACCUUCUAUCCAUCCUGCCUCCGCCUCAAGAGGUCUACUUGAAACUCCCCAACUAGAGGAAAGAACCGAUCCUGUUCCAGGAGAAGGACAAGAAGACUGGGUUGAGGAAGAUGAAGAGGAGCAGCUGGAUUAUGAGCCAUCUACAGAUGACCAGAAUACGCUCCUCGGGACAGAAGAACUGGGAGAAUGGACGGAGGAAUAUGAUGGAGAACAGAUGGAUUAUGACGGAGAGUUGGAUGCGGAAACUGAGGCCUUUGGUGCAGAAUUGGAGGACUUGUUACGUGCUGACCUAGGCAUCAAUAUGGUGUUCAUUCUGCCAGAAAAGUUCUGGGCGGUAGAAGGACAGAAGAGCACUCUGGACGGAGACGUAUUUUCCCAAGAAAGUUUUGAAUGCAGGUUGGCAGAAACGGAAGAAAUGCCAGAACAGCAAACAGGCAAUCCCAGGAUAGAAGGAGCAACCCACAAGCUGGCAACAGGUCCGCUUUGCUUCUCCAAACCAACCAAAGAAAUGGCAAACCACCUCAGACCCUUGUUUAUAACAGCAAACUUUGGGGGUGUUCCUAUCCCCAAAACCAUGGUAGAUGGAGGUGCAGCCAUCAACCUUCUGCCUCACAGAAUGCUGAGCAAAAUGGGCAGAACAGAAAAGGAUUUAAUCCCAACCCGCCUGACCGUCACCAACUUCGCAGGGGGCAUCACCAAAACCCUUGGGAUUCUGGAUGUAGAUGUCUUGGUAGGAAGCAAGAAGCUGAAGGUUGCAUUCUUUGUGGUAGAUACUACCUCCACCACUUACAAUGCAUUGCUUGGCAGAGAUUGGAUUCAUCAGAGUCUGUGUGUUCCCUUCCACUCUUCAUCAACAGUUAGCUUUAUGGAACGAAGAUGGCUACAUGGAGAUAGUAGAGGCCGAUCCACGGCCAUUCCUACCUUCUGCCAUGUGUUGUGA